GCGCGUGGGGUGCUGGGCUUCCGGGGUUCCCCUGGCUGCCUUGGCCCUGCGGGCGUGAGGAGAGGCAGGGGCGCCUGCAGGCCCGGAGACCCGGCUGCCCGGGACUCCAGGUGGGGCGCGGGCCCGGGAGCGUUGUGGUCUGCACUCGCACCCCUCGGACGCUCCAUCGGGGCCGCGCCGUGCACGUCGGUAGCCCCCUCCACGAUCGCGGACCCCAAGGUCCGGGGGAGCUGGAGUGGCGGAUCUGUCGCCUCCUAGGAGCCCGGCACCCCGCGAUGGGCGCGGGCCAGCACUGCCUCCCAGCGUCGCUGCGCUCAUCCCGGGGCGCCCCUGUCUAGCAGGGCUGGGCGAUGGGGGGCGGUGGAUCGGCCCUGAGGGUCUGCGCCGACCACCACGGGGGCAUCAACUGGCUGAGCCUGAGUCCCGACGGGCAGCGCCUGCUGACCGGCAGCGAGGACGGCACCGCGCGGCUAUGGAGCACCGCCGACGGCCAGUGUUGCGCGCUCCUGCAAGGACACGAGAGCUACGUGACCUUCUGCCAGCUGGAGGAUGAAGCUGCCUUCACCUGCAGCGCUGACUGCACCAUCCGGAGGUGGGACGUGCAGACGGGCCAGUGUGUGCAGGUGUACCGGGGACACACGUCCAUUGUCAACAGGAUCUUGGUGGCCAACGGUCAGCUCUUCAGCAGUUCCUAUGACCGGACUGCUCGUGUCUGGGCCGUGGACAAGGAGCAGGUGUGCCGGGAGUUUCGGGGCCACCGCAACUGUGUCCUCACCUUGGCCUACGCUGCCACCUGGGACCAGCCCUCUGCCGAGGAGGCUGCAGCUGGAGGCCUGCUGGUGACUGGCAGCACUGACUGCACGGCCAAGGUGUGGCAGGUGGCCAGUGGCUGCUGCCAGCAGACACUGAGAGGCCACACGGGCGCUGUGCUGUGCCUGGUGCUGGACAGCCCCGGCCGCACAGCCUUCACGGGCAGCACUGAUGCCACCAUCCGUGCCUGGGACAUCCUGAGCGGGGAGCAGCUGCGGGUAUUCCGAGAGCACCAGGGCUCCGUCAUCUGUCUGGAGCUCGCAGAGCGGCUGCUGUACUCUGGCAGCGCGGACAGGACCGUGAAGUGCUGGCUGCCGGACACGGGGCGCAGCGUGCGCACCUUCCCCGCCCACCGCCGCGGCGUGAGUGCCCUCAAGUUCCACGGGGGAACCUUGUUCACAGGCAGCGGGGACGCCUGUGCCCGGGCCUUUGACGCCCAAUCGGGAGCGCUGCAGAGGGUGUUCCGCGGCCACGCGCUCGUUAUCAACUGCCUGCAGGUGCACGGCCAUAUGCUCUACACAGCCUCGCACGACGGGGCCCUACGCCUCUGGGAUCUGCGCGGGCUCCAGGCCCCAUGCCCCAGGCCCACGGCCAAGCGCAGUCUGUCACGACUCUUCAGCAACAGGGUGGCCUGCAUCACAGACGCGCCCCUGCAGCCCACCUGAAGGGAACGUGUCAAUGCCUGGGGACCAGAGGACCAGUGCCCAAGCCUAGCUGAACUGUCAGCUUCCCUAAGCUUGCUGC